UAGGCGUGGAUCCCGGCCGGAGCCGCCAUUGUUCCGCCGAGGGAGGGCAGUGGGACUCUGCCGCUGGCGCCGAGACGCCGCUUAGCGGCCGCCACUGGAGAGACUCUCCCCUCUCCCCCCCACUCCUCCUGGUGGCAGCGGAGUGAGGCCGACUAGGGGGAACCUGGGAACCCCCUCUCCGCUUCCUGCGGUGGCAGCGGCCGGUUCCCGGCUCUGGCGCGAGGAGCGGCCGCGAUGCGCUCAGUCUGAGGCUGUCAGGCCUGGCGCUUCCUUCCCUUGACUAUCCCACUGCGUCUCUACGCCCUAGUCUUCCUGCGAGUCUCUCUGACUGGAGGGAAGAUGGCUGCACCAAGCUGGCAGGACGCGCUGGCCCAGCAGGCUGAGGAGGGCUCUGCCCGACUGCGGGAAAUACUCUCGGCCGGCCUAGGCUUUCUGCGCACCGAGCUGGGCCUCGACCUGGGAUUGGAGCCGAAGCGGUAUCCGGGCUGGGUAAUCCUGGUGGGCACGGGCGCGCUGGGUCUGCUACUGCUAUGCUUGCUUGGCUACGGUUGGGCCGCGGCUUGCGCUGGCGCCCGCAAGAAACGGAGGAGCCCGCCCCGCAAGCGGGAGGAAGCAGCAGCAGCGCCGGCUACGGCCCCGGACGACCUGCCCCUGCUGAAGACUCUCAGAAGCGAGGAGCAAAAGAAGAAGAACCGGAAGAAAUUGCCCGAGAAGCCCAAACCAAAUGGACGAACUGUUGAAGUUGCUGAGGAUGAAGUUGUUCGUACUCCUCGAAGUGUAACAGCAAAGCAGCCAUUAGAGACAGACAAGAAAAAUGAAAAGUCAAAGAAAAAUAAGAAGAAAUCAAAGUCAGAUGCUAAAGCAGUGCAAAACAGUUCACGCCAUGAUGGAAAGGAAGUUGAUGAAGGAGCCUGGGAAACUAAAAUUAGUCACAGAGAGAAACGACAGCAGCGUAAACGUGAUAAGGUGCUGACUGAUUCUGGUUCAUUGGAUUCAACUAUCCCUGGGAUAGAAAAUACCAUCACAGUUACCACCGAGCAACUUACAACUGCAUCAUUUCCUGUUGGUUCCAAGAAGAAUAAAGGUGAUUCUCAUCUAAAUGUUCAAGUUAGCAACUUUAAGUCUGGAAAAAGAGAUUCUACACUACAGGUUUCUUCAGGACUGAAUGAAAACCUCACUGUAAAUGGAGGAGGCUGGAAUGAAAAGUCUAUAAAACUCUCCUCACAAAUCAAUGUAGAUGAGGAGAAGUGGAACUCUAUUUCACCUGCUUCUGCAGGCAAGAGGAAAACUGAGCCAUCUGCUUGGAUUCAAGACACUGGAGAUGCUAAUGCAAAUGGAAAAGACUGGGGAAGGAGUUGGAGUGACCGUUCAAUAUUUUCUGGCAUUGCUGCUUGGUCUAGUGUGGAUAGGGGAAUGAAUACCUCUGAACAGAAUUCUGCUUCUUUUGCAUCUCUCACACUUAACUCUGCUGUUUCUGGGUCUACUGCUGAGCCAGUUUCUCAGUCUACCACUUGUGAUUAUCAGUGGGAUGUUAGCCGUAAUCAACCCUAUAUCGAUGAUGAAUGGUCUGGGUUAAAUGGUCUGUCUUCUGCCGAUCCCAGCUCUGAUUGGAAUGCACCAGCAGAAGAGUGGGGGAAUUGGGUUGAGGAAGAAAGGGCUUCACUUCUAAAGUCACAGGAACCAAUUCCUGGUGAUCAAAAGGUUUCAGAUGAAGAUAAAGAAAAGGGAGAGGGAACUCUUUCAAGUGGGAAAUCUAAAAAGAAGAAAAAGAAAAAGAAGAAGCAAGGUGAAGAUAACUCUCUUACACAGGACACAGAAGAAUUAGAAAAACAGAUCAGAGAAGACCUUCCAGUGAAUACCUCUAAUAAAGUCCGUCCAAAACAGGAAAAAACUUGUUCUUUGAAGACCAUAAGUACUAGCGAUCCAGCUGAAGUACUCAUCAAAAAUAGCCAGCCUAUCAAGACUCUACCACCCUCUGUGUCUACCGAGCCAUCUGUAAUUUCAUCAAAAACUGAUUAUGACAAGAGCCCUUCCCAAGUGCCACCGAUGCUACAAGAGAUAGAUAAAUCCAAGUCUAAUAUUAAGCAAAAUAGUGUGCCUCCUUCACAGACCAAGUCUGAAACUAGCUGGGAAUCUCCCAAACAAAUAAAAAAGAAGAAAAAAGCCAGACGGGAAACGUGAAUAUAUUUUUCCUGAGUUGGACAUGUGUUUGCCAACACUGUCUUGAAGAUAAUGCUGUUUAUGCAAUAAUUUGUGAACAUGUACAGAGUUUUAUAUAAAUUGCAACCAGUUUUUAAAACAAAACUGUGAACACAACCACCAUAAAAAUGGAAUCAAAAGAGAGUUAAUUUAUGAAAUUAAAAGGUCAGCAGAAUAUACUUCAGUGCUGGAAGACACUUGGGAAAGUAUUUUCAAUUUAACGAGAACGAUCUUAAUUUAAGAAUAUUAUCCUGGUUUUACAACAGUGCCCUGUUUACAACAGAUUGUGCCCUGUCUCAUCUGCAACUGAGGAAUAAAGGAUUCUGAUUAGAAGAGAGGGUUGCCUACAAAUUAGUAGGUACCUCUUGGAUCUUAUGCACGGAACUUGUACCAUUUAAAUCUGUUUUAUGCUUAAAUCAAAGUGCUUUGAUCAAAUGCAUAAUCUGCCAUUUCUUUACAUAUUUGUUGGUAGUAGUUUGUAUUAAAGGAAUCACAAGUGCAAAUAAAAAGUCAUUUAUCAUUUGUUUAACUAAACUGUCAUGGUUUAGUUUGCAGUUUAUAAAAGUAAGUUCUUAAUUAAAACAUUGAAAAUGCAGUUGACACUUAUGGCUUAUGAAGUUAUUUUUGAUAGUUUUAUAUUACUUGAAUUGUUCAAAGUACAGUAUAUUUUAAAUUAAGAAAAGUAAACUAUGUGUAUUUGUUUUAUUCUUUUAAAGUUCAGAUUCACAUUGCUCUUGUUUAUGAUUUGAAAACUUUUUUUAGGCAAAAUCAACUUACGUCUUUUCUUUCCCUAGCAAUUAAUGUUUAUCUGUGUCAACUCUUCUUAGUUACUAUCACUUUUUUUACUUUAAAAAUGAAAUCAUUCACAAACUAGUUAUACAGACAGAACUUCGAGAAUUUGAUAAAGAAGAAAAACUAGCAUCAGACAGCUUUAAUUGACAUUGUCAAGACCUCCAGUUAUCAGGAAUCCAUUUUUUUACUGCCUUAACCUGUAGUGUGUAGAAUAUGCAUCAAUUUCUUGAAGGAUUAGUGUUUUUAUAAGAAUUUUCAUGUAAUUAUUGCAAUUGUGGUCAAAUAAGGAGCAAUUCCUGCUUGAAAUUGUUUUGGUUAAAAUGAUGUGUGAGAUGUUUCACCAUUUUCAGGCACUGUGUAAUUCUAUCGUAAUAAACUGGCAGGUAUCUUUGUAACUAUAAAUAGUGCAUGCUCAGCCAUGUACACUGUAAAUAGCCUUUACCAAACAUGUUUGACAAGGACCAUAAUUAACAUCACUUAGUGAAUUGUGAUAUAGAAAAAAAAAGCCAUGAUUUAUUUGAUGUGAUUGGCUUAAUCGUUUUUAUGUGGCACCAAGAAUGAAACUGUUUAACAGCUGUAACCAAUGGUACCGAUCUAUCCAUCCAAUGUUGUCUUUCUUAUAUUUGAUUGUGGUUUGAUAGUAUUGCAUUGUCAGACUAGGAAAGCUAAAGAAACAAAAUUGUUUUUGUUUUGCUAAAGACUGGCCUUAUUAAUGGACAGCUUUCCUAACAAGCAUUUAUUAACUUUUAUACAGGUGUUAACAUCUGUAUCAGGAACAUGGCAGUAUGUUUACAUGUCAGAAGUUUUGUUUAAUUCAAUGAUAUUUCUAAGUUGAUUUGUUUAAAUAAAUUCAGCAAAUGGAUAGCAUUGUUUUAUUUGCUUCUGUAUGGGGGUAAAUAAUAGCUAAAGUGCCAGAAAUGGAUUUCUUCAAAUGACUUUAUUCUGUUAGCUUUAUAUAGGUAUUUCCUAAGUAGAACCAAGGAUUCAUAAGUUUGCCAGCACUUUGUAAAGUAUCACAAAGGAGAAAUUGAUAGGGAGUCUGUAAUUUUGAAAUGUGCCAAAAGGUCUAUGCUUAAAAAAUUUAAUUGAACUCUCUCAACUCUACCUCACCAUUUUCCUUAUCUUAGAAUUCUGUUGUCUCUGUCAAAUGAUGGACUUUCUUAUUUCUCCAGCUUAUUAUCUUCUCAUUCAGCCACCUACACUAGGUGUUAGAAACACCAUCUUUUGAAGAGAGAUGUAUUGUAGAGAGGUGGAGAAACACAUUGCUAAGUUGGAGUGGAUUCAGUAUGGAGAUGCCUCCAUCUGGUCUCUCAGGCUCAAGAACUAAGAUGUGGACUUUAUGUUUUAAGGGAUGGCAGCUAUGUGGCUGAUAAAAUUGAUGCAUUUAUUCUCUUUUACAUGGAUGAGGUGCAAACUGUUUUGCUCAAUAAAGUGUCAUUGUUUUUCAGUGCUCCCUCCCAUCCCAUAAGAUCUUUAUUUGAUAUCAAAGCAGUUUCUGGCAUCUGAACAGAAGAACUAGUUUUCAUUUAUCACCUCAGACAGCACUAAAAUCAAAGUAGUGAGUCAGAGAGGAGAGGGAGGCUUUUUGUUCCUUAGUGGCUGGAUAGAUGCUUUCUGAACUGUUAGAAGAGAGAUGACUGACUCCCUCAGACUUUGUCUGCCCUGGAGGGGAAUCUUGUUCCUAUUAGCAAACAAGGCCUCCUAGAGAAAUCACUCAAAAGUAUCCCUAAUCCUGGUCUGUAUCCACAUACUUAAUGGAAAUCCUUCUCUACCCUGGAGCAGAGAGAGUAGUAGUUUAGGGUUUCCCAGACUGGAAUCCUGCCUUCCAGUACCUUGUGUUGAGCCAAACAACAGUUGAGAGAGUCCAAAAAAGAAGUAUUGAAAUACAGUGUCAUUAAUGUAAUUUACCAUGUUUACUUUGUGCAUGAAUUUUAUUGGGCGGAAGUGGUGUGGAAAUAAUUCAUCUGAAUCUAAUGGUAUUGUUUCAUAGGCUAAUCUGGUUUGUAGUGGGGUCAAAGAUACUGCAGGGCAAUAUUUAAUUACAGAGCUUAGUUUUUCUUAAUUAAAAAAGUCCUCUAUAAAUAUACUGUGAAGUAUCUUUCAAAACAUAGAAUUUAGGUUUAAGAUGUCUUACAGAUGUCUUAUGUUUUCCUGUAAACUUAUUGCACAAACUGGAAUUACUUUCCAAAAGACUUAGGGAAUGCAAAUAUGUUAUUUGUAAAAUGCUUUCAGAAUUGUAAAUAAAACAAACCACUUUUGUUUAAA